CAAGAUGGCCGCCGGCCGGCCUCCCCAUUCCCGGCGCGGGCAUCGCGCCCGACUCCAAGAUGGUGGUCAAUGGAGGCCACCGGAGACAGCCUAGCGGUAAACAUGUCCACAAGUCAAAGAAGGAAUCUAGCAAGUUCAUGUUGAGGUAUAUUCUCAAGACAAGACACAGUGACUCAUUUGCUUUUCUGGAUAACAUAAUCCAUGGAUAAAGUGGGAAAGAUGUGGAACAAUUUCAAAUACAGGUGCCAGAACCUCUUUAGUCAUGAGGGUGGAAGCCAAAAUGAAAGUAUAGUUGUGAACUCCAAUAAUUGCUCGUCUGGUAAAGAGAAAGCCAUCCAGAUAAGUGACUUGCCUCAACAACAGCCCAGCAGCCCUUUGAGAGAAAACAUUGCUUUGCAAUUAGGCUUAAGUCCUUCAAAGAAUUCAGCAAGGCGGAACCAAAACUGUGUCACAGAAAUUCCUCAGAUUGUUGAAAUAAGCAUUGAGAAAGAGAAUGACUCAUGUGUCACCACAGGAGCCAGGCUCGCUCGAAGGGACUCUUAUUCUCGGCAUGCUCCUUGGGGUGGGAAGAAGAAGCAUUCCUGCUCUACCAAAACACAGAGCUCCUUGGAUACGGAGAAAAGAUUUGGUAGAACACGAAGCGGUUUGCAGAGGAGGGAGAGAAGGUACGGGGUGAGCUCAGUCCAUGACAUGGACGCGGUAUCCAGCAGGACAGUGGGCAGCCGUUCUCUGCGGCAGCGUCUCCAAGAUACUGUUGGGCUGUGUUUUCCCAUGAGAACUUACAGCAAGCAGUCCAAACCUCUGUUUUCUAACAAAAGAAAGAUCCACCUCUCUGAACUAAUGCUUGAGAAAUGCCCUUUUCCUGCAGGCUCAGAUCUGGCCCAGAAGUGGCAUCUGAUUAAACAACACACAGCACCCGUGAGCCCUCAUUCAACUUUCUUUGACACAUUUGAUCCUUCCUUGGUUUCCACAGAAGAUGAAGAAGACAGACUCAGAGAGAGACGUAGGCUUAGUAUUGAAGAAGGGGUUGAUCCCCCUCCCAAUGCCCAAAUACACACUUUUGAAGCUACAGCACAGGUAAAUCCAUUGUAUAAACUGGGACCAAAGUUAGCCCCUGGUAUGACUGAGCUGACCGGGGACAAAACCAUAACACCUCCAGGGAGCUGUGACUCCGAAGAGGACACGACGACGCUUUGCCUGCAGUCGCGCCGGCAGAAGCAGCGUCAGAUGUCGGGAGAGAGCCACGGCCAUAUCGGCAGGCAGGGGGCUUGGAAAGUGCACACUCAGAUCGAUUACAUCCACUGCCUCGUGCCAGACUUGCUCCAGAUCACAGGUAACCCGUGCUACUGGGGCGUCAUGGACCGCUACGAGGCAGAAGCGCUUCUGGAGGGGAAACCCGAAGGCACUUUCUUGCUCAGGGACUCUGCGCAGGAGGACUACCUCUUCUCGGUGAGCUUCCGCCGCUACAACCGCUCGCUGCACGCGCGCAUCGAGCAGUGGAACCACAACUUCAGCUUUGAUGCCCACGACCCCUGUGUGUUCCACUCCUCCACCGUGACGGGGCUUCUGGAACACUACAAAGACCCCAGCUCUUGCAUGUUCUUUGAACCCUUGCUCACCGUAUCUCUGAACAGGACCUUCCCCUUUAGUCUGCAGUAUAUCUGCCGGGCGGUAAUCUGCAGGUGCACUACGUACGAUGGAAUCGAUGACCUUCCUCUACCCUCAAUGUUGCAAGACUUUCUAAAGGAGUAUCACUAUAAACAAAAAGUCAGGGUGCGAUGGCUGGAGCGGGAACCUAUAAAAACAAAGUAAAAGGAAAUCAAAAUAAGCUUCUGGAACGUGCUUUUUUUUUUGUGUAUUACAGUUUAACUGCAGCAAGCGCACCGAUGGCGUCUAGCUUUUCUGCAAUACCCUAUUUAAGCUGAGUGUUAGUAUCCUGUCAGAUGCUGCCUGCUGUUAAUCAAACUAAGUUGUGAUGCCUCUUGGAAACAAUAAGCAGACACAAUUCUGCACGUUUUUCAUUAAGGCCUAGUGAAAAUAUUUUUGCUAAUUUCUAAAUAUUUUAUUUCCCUUUUAUAGCUGUAGUAAUUGGAUGAAGAAACUAUGAGGCAUUUCCCAUGGGGCAUUCAUGUAAUGCUGUUAAAGAAAGGCUUUAUCGAAGGGGCAUUUUGCUAAUAUUUGAAGUAUUUUUUUAAAAAUUCUCUUCUUGAAAACUUUCCUCAACUCUAAGUAAUAAUUUAGAUCACAGACAAGUUUCCAAAUACUAGUGAAUAUUUUCUUGUAAUGAAGAGCGGUUCAUUAGAAGCAGUCCAUUAAGAGUUAAUGGUGCUUUGAGGCUAACAGAUGAAUCAUGCUUUUCACAGUGUAUAAUGUUUCCUAAUCAUUAAGACUUGAAUAUGCCUGCUCAGUACUGUAAUUCUGUUACAAACACUUGGAGAUUUAAGUGGCAUUGUUAGCAAAAGUAGUACUGUCUCAGACAGUUAAAAAUACCUUCCAGUGUGAAUUGCUGCUUCUGUGGCAGGACACAGAAUUAGAUUAUUGCUGUGAAACAGAAGGUUGUGGGUUUUUUCCAAAACAGAUUUUGGUGUCCUGACUGCUAGUAACUCACAGUAGAAGGUAAUAGUGACAAGAAAAAAAUUCUUAAUUAUUUAAAGUUGUCUGAUAUUUUUAUGGAGAACAUGACAAGUGGUUGAAUUAUUAUAAUCAGAGUACAAAAUCUGACAUAUCUGAAGCAAAUGUCAGGUUUCAAAGGUACUGGUACACUUUAUUUGUAAAUAUCUUUCCAUCUGCGCUUUUAAAAAUGUUUUAAAGUAAUAUGCACUGAUGAUAGUUUCAACAGAUUACUUAGAAACAAGAUUCUAACUUCUGUUUGCUUAUUUACUUGGAGAUGGAACUUAAAAGUAGUUCUAUCUUAGAUAUUUUGCACUAAAAUCUUGUUGGAAUGCCCUGACCCCUGUUUAAUGUUUUGUACCAAUUCUGAGUGCUCCCUAGUUUCUUUACCAGCUGCUACAGUAUUUGAUUCCUUCCUUCUCUACGGCAGUGACCUGUGUGAGGUAGGAAACAUUUUGGCUGCAAGUACAAUAAACGUUAUUCUUGUAUGCUACACUAACCCUUUAUUGAUGUAUUUUUCUGCUUGCUGUGCCUUGUUCUGGCUUUUUGUGCUAAUAAAGUACAGUAUGUUCAGUGUUAUACUUGUAUAUCUGCUCUGUUUUUAUAUAUUCACCUAACUUGUAGCAGUUAAAUGAAUUUUUAAUAGGCUUUUCUUAGUAUUUAGGAUAGGUAAUGCACAAGUACUGUGCAGUUGUGUAUUAGCUGGUCAGCACACCUUACUCCUGGUUUUUGUUACAACUUGACAGUGUACACCAUUGAAUAACGUUUCUGUAGUCACUGCAAGGUAGUGGACUUGUCUGCAGGCAUAGAGCAUUUUACAGGUUUUUGUAAUGCAAAGGAUAAAUGUUAAGCAAAAAAUGUUCUAAAACAUUAUUGAUCCCCUGUAACGGUUGCUGAAGGUGUUUCAACUUGUUGUAUAGGUAACUGCUAAGGUUAAUAUUUUGAUACUCCCCACUGAGGAAUGCUUAUUCCUGUAAAUUGACAGUACAGCAGCGGCAUUUGUUCACUUUUAGGCUAUUUUGAUAAAUAGAUGUACACACAAAUUGGCCAAAUGUCCUGUUUUUACCAAAGAAUACUGUCAAUUUAUGUUGGAGUAUUUUUUUAGUUAAAAAAAAACAAACUCAAGAGUGGAGAGGUGCAAUUUUUGUUCUAUCAAAUAUUUAUCCCAAGCUAUGAUAAACCAAAGUGUUUGACAACUUCAUCUGAACCUAAGUAAUGUAUACAUUUAUGUUGGUGGAGCCUAAAGCUUUUACAUCAGUGGUGUUGUCAUUAUUCCUGAACUCACAAUGCACCUGAAGAGGAGUGAUUUAAAUAAUUUUCUAAUGACUGGAACAGCACUACAGAAUAGCUCAUACUGCGAGGGGUUAAUCUGAAGCACCCAGAAAGCACUUUAAAACAUGUGUUUAUAUGCUUGUGGAAAGUUUGUGAUCCCGUUAUGCAUUCUUUGUAGUAGAUUAUCUUCUUUCAUGUGUUAAAAGACUUCAACUGUUAAAAUGGAACUUUGUUUAGAAUAUGUAAAUACUAAGUUUAUGUAAUUAUGUGUACAACUGUGCUCUUGGUCUCUUAAGUUUUGAAUUGUGUAUGUGUCAUUGGAUAUGCAACUCUUGGUUUAAAAUCUGCUCUAAGCAUAAAAAGAGGAAAAAGUCACCAGCAUGAAAUUGCACCUAAGUGUACCUUCACUGUGUCGUUCUCACUGUUCUCUCAGUCGGAUCUGAAUGCCAGAUGAGUUUACUUCAAUUCUUGCUUUCAAUAUUAGUGUCAUACAGUCAGCCUGCAACCAAGCUUUGUCCCAGUGCAGGGACCUGUUUUUCAUUUACUCUUGUUGCAGUUGCUUGUCAUGAACUAGCUGUGCCAUUGUCAAUGUGGUCAGGAAUACACAUUCAUCUAAUUUUUAAUCAUGUGGUGGAAUCUUUGGGAAAGAAAAAUAAAUACCCCAAACCCU